GCAAUGGCUGCGCCACACUGGACCCUUAACGCCCACAACAUAAUCUACAUAUUAAGUGGGUCGGGCCGAAUUCAAGUGGUGGGUCACUCCAACCGGGCCGUCUUCAAUGGCGAAGUCCGCCAAGGGCAGAUAUUGGUCGUCCCUCAGAAUUACGCUGAAGUCAAGCUGGCGGGAAGCGAAGGAUUAGAGUGGGUGUCGUUCAAGACAAAUGACAGGGCGGUUUCAAGCCCGCUUGCUGGGAAGACUUCAGUGAUCCGGGCAAUGCCGGAGGAAGUGGUGAUGAGUGCUUUCCGCGUGUCGAGAGCCGAGGCACAUAAGCUAAAGUACAACAGGCAGGAAGUGAGGAUUUUCCCUCAGUCAAAGAGGCAAUUCGAGAGGGCUUGAAAUUGGAG